AUGCUCCCUCUACAGUCUAUAGAGGGCAUGCCUCCUCACGGAGCCUCUGCUGCUGGGGAGAAUGGAGAGACCCGGCAGCAGAAGCCCAAGACGUUACCGUGCAAGUAUUGCAGCAAACGCUUCAGGCGUGUGGAGCAUGUUCAAAGACACGAAAGGACGCACACCAAAGAGAAGCCUUUCGCCUGCGGUUGGGCUCGCUGUGGGAAAACAUUCGGACGACGUGAUCUACUCGUCCGCCAUGAGAAGCUCGUUCACCUUAACGAGGGCAGCAAGGAGAACAACCGCCCGAGGAAGACCUCGUCCAGCACCCACAAUCCGCCGUCUUCGUCCGAGAGCCAUGUUGAGCAUGAGAUGCUCGGCGUCCAACGCCCGCCCCAGCCCCACUAUCACCAAGAGUCGAUAACGCCCGUGGCGUCUACCAUGGCCCCCGAUCCUCGCAUGUCGGGCACGGCUCGUGCCGCUGCCUGCAACCUCGACUUGCUCUCCGAUGCUGCUCUGGCCAGCGAAGUUAACCCUAUGCAGCAGCCUAUGAUGGCGGACAUGGGACGUCCGCCUUCAGAUCACGCGAGGAUCAAGUCCUAUGACGAGUCCAUGGGGUAUCAUGACCGUCCGCGGGAGGAACAGAACAUGCUGGCGCCUGGGUACGCUCCCCAGCCCCAGGCCGCGCCUUACGACGACUACCACAUCUUCCUCGACGACUUUGCGCCUUCGCAUUACCUCCCACCCCCGUAUGAGUCUGACCAGCAGAUGGGUGGUCUGUGGCCGCGGUCCGGCGACAUGCAUCAUCGUGGACCGUCCAAGCCAUCAUCACAGUUUCCCUCGCGAUUUCCUUCGGUCCAGCCCGAAGGGAGAGAGGGGCUAGAGAGCGGCCCACGUAGCCACGAGGAGUUGACGAGAGCGCCACUUCGCAUAUCCGCUGCCGACCAUACCGUGAUCAAGAACAGGCUGGAAGAGUUUUCGUCCGUUAUCCCCAACGACUUCGUCUUCCCGUCUCGCCAUACUCUCACUCGCUUCUUGGAGGGUUACAUCAGCGGCUUCCACGAAUACCUCCCGUUUCUUCACAUUCCUACUCUGACGCCCUCCGAAAUGGCACCCGAGCUUCUCCUUGCUAUCCUGGCUGUCGGUGCCCAGUAUCGAUUUGAAAGCCACCGAGGUCACGCUUUAUGGUACGCCGCCAAGGCUGUUGCGCUUGAGCAAAUUCGACGGCGGCAUAGUCACGAAGUGCAUGCCCUGCUCCCGACACCAGCUGCGUACAGCCCGCACUCGACGCGACCCUCCCCGACCUCUGGUUUCCGUCACACGUUUGCUUCGGCACAACAAGAUCGCCCGAUGACUCAAGACACCCACCGAGAGCCAUUCUCGCCGAACACGCCACAAGCCCGACUUGAGACGACCCAGGCCGUCCUUUUACUUUUCGCAGUAGGGCUCUGGGGAGCCAAAGCCAUCUUGCACGAGGCCCUGUCCCUGCAGAGCCACCUCGCCAUGCUGGUUCGCGAGGAGGGCCUGGUCGCCGAGUCGAGCCCGGCCGUCGCGCCAGAUUGGGAGACUUGGAUCCGACUCGAAGGGGCUACGCGGACAAAACUUAUAGCAUACUGCUUCUUCAACCUCUGCAGCAUCGCGUACAAUGUGCCGCCCCUUAUCCUUACAUCGGAACUCGGCCUCUUCUUGCCCUCUCCAUCCCGGCUGUGGAGGGCCGAGUCAGCAUGGCAGUGGCAGGAGGACCGGCAAAAUUACCCGUCCGCCGAGAUCACCGUCCACGACGCCUUCUCUAGGGUUUUGACGACCUCGCCCCAGGGCUUGCCUCCGCACAUGUCGUCCCUCGGAAAUUACGUACUGAUCCACGCUUUGCUGCAGCAUAUAUACCUGUUGAAGCAAACCUCCUUUGCGCUGAGCUCGCCGUUCGGGCCCCAGAGAGGCCUGAAGCCGGAGGAUGUUGAAGAGGUCACCGCGGCGCUGCGGAUCUGGCAGGUCAGUUUCGAACAUCGACACCAGUUACGUGCGGCCGAUGCAGGGCACGUGGGCAACAGCGACUCGUUCCCAGGUGGCCCGGUAGCUUUCAACUCGACUGCUCUCUUGCGUCUGGCGUACAUUCGCCUGUACACGGAGAUCCCGCCUGGAAGAUGCCUCGAAACCCGGGAUCAUAUGCUGGUCGCUUCGUCGCUGAGCGGCAUGCCCCUUCUGGUUCGUACCUUGAGGCUGCACAGAGCCGUGUUCCAGGCCAUCCAUGCCCUGUCCAUGUUGGUUAAGGCCGGCGUCAACUACGUUGCGAGGACAAAGAGCCUGGAAUGGAGCAUCCAGCAUGCCUUGUGUAACUUUGAAUGUGCCAUCCUGUUAUCCAAGUGGCUUCUCACCCUCGCGUCGAUCGGACCGAAUGACCCGCCUGCGACGCCCGAAGAGAAGAAUCUCCUGCAGUCGGUUAGGAGGAUGCUCGACGAGACGGAAUUCGCCGUGCCCAUUGAUCCAUCCCUGGGCGGACCCGCAGCCGGCCAGCCUGCCAGCAGCGAGGUGUCUGCUAACGACAGCACACGGCUGAGGCAGCUGGCCGCGGCGGUCAUCAGGCUCUGGGCGGAGACUUUCAAGGGCUCUCACAUUUUCGAGAUGGUCAGGGUCAUGGGCUCGAGUCUGGAUGGGUAUGCCGAUUUGGUCGAGAAGCCCCGAGACAGGACGCCUCUAGGUCGCAUCGCUCAUGAUCCCAACCUCGGGUGA